AUGAAGACUAUUCUGCUUAUUUUAUUGAGCGUGCAAAUCUUGCUAGCUCAGGAUCCUUGGGUAACCCAUUACACAGCAUUUACAUCAGCAGAAAUAAAUGAUUUGGAUGGUAAAGAAUGAUAAUUAUGCUUAGGUUGGGUUGUAAAGAAGGCAUUUAAAGGAAAUACCUUUAGUAAAUGUGAUAAAAUAAGUUUGGUUGGUGGUUAUGGAGCUUUUGGAAAAGGAGCUACAGCAUUAAAAUAAUUGAAUCUUCCUCCACAUUAUAAAUUAAAGAUUAAUGUGCAGUUAUGGAAGUAAAAUUAAUUUAUAUAAUUAAACCUUUAGAAUAGAUAGUUGGGAUAAUGAAAUUAUGUUUGUUUUGGUUGAUGGUUUCAUAUGGCAAGCUAAAUGGCAUUAUUCAGAGGGAGCAAAUUUAUGUGGGGCAGCUAAUGAUUGGAAAGAGGCUUUUUAUAAUAUUGAAUUUGAAGUUCCACAUAAUUCACCUACUGUAAGUAUAGUAUUGACAUCAAAUUUGGAUGAAGAUGCUUUGAAUGUAUAGAUAAUUAUAAUAAUUAUUAUAGGAAUCAUGGGCAUUUAGAGAUUUCAAAUUAUCAUUCUAAAGAUGUCAUCCAGAAUGUGCAGUAUGUGGUGAUAAUAAACCAGAUAAUUGUUUCUUUUGGACAAAUGUAGCUACUAAUUGGAAUAAAUAAAUUUCAUUAGAAGGAUGGACAUUAGAUGGAGAAGGAAAAGCUGAAUCAAAUGAAUGUGCAGGAGUAUAACUUUUUGGUGGUUUUGGAAAAUUAGGAAGAAAAGCUAAUUUAUGGAAGAGAUUCACAAAUUUACCUCCACACUUUUAAGUCAAAGUCAAGGUUUAAAUGUGGAAGAUUGAUUCUUGGGAUAAUGAAUUAUUCUUAAUGGAAAUUGAUGAUUAAGAAAAAUUCAGACAAGCAUUUGCUUAUAAUGAAGGAGUUGAUCUUUGUGGUGUUGAUACAGGUGCAAAAUAAGGAGAAGGAUGGGCAGAAAAAAUAGUUAAUAUUGAAAUUAAUGUUCCUCACAAAUUCCCUGAAGUAAAAGUCUUAAUGAAAUCAACAUUGGAUGAACCACCUGAAAAUGAAUCAUGGGGUGUUAGAGAUUUCUAAUUAUUUGCUGCUUAAUGUUUCAAAGGAUGUACAGGUUGUACUGGUCCAGCAAAAUCUGAUUGUACUUCAUGUGGUUAAGGUUUUGAUUUAGUGAAUGGUGAAUGUAAAGAAGGAAGUAAUUAAAUUAAUAUAUAUAAUUAUUAGUUAAAUGGAUGACAUUGAAUAGAUUCUUCUUUAAUGAUGAAUAAGAUUUCUAAGGAUUAUAAGAUUGGAUUCCAUCAAAUGUAUUUUAAAAUUAAAAUCCAUUUUCAACUUGUGGUUAAAAGAAACUUUUUGGUGGUUAUCAAAGAUUUGGUGCCAAAGCUAAAGCUGAAAGAAAUUUCAAUCUUCCUAAACACUCUAGACUUAGAAUCUAAUUCUAAUUUUGGAAAGUUGAUUCAUGGGAUGAUGAAAAAUUCUAAUUAUUUGUUGAUGGCAAAGUUGUCUUUGAAAGAUCAUUUGGAUUUAGUACUCCAGGAUAAGCUAAAAUUUGUGGAGCUCCAUAAAGUAAUUGGAUGACUUAUUUCUUCAAUGUUGAUGUCAUUAUUGAACACUCUAAUCCUACUGCUAAUGUUGUCUUAAGUUCUACUUUAGACUAAGGUGCUGAUGAUGAAUCUUGGGGUUUCAGAGAAUUCUAAUUACUUUAUGAAUUAAAAGAAGAUUGUGUUGAAUUGUAUACUGAAUGUGGAUUCAAAGGAACUAAAUAUGAAAUCUGCAGAGAUACUCCAUCACUUGCUAGAGUAAUAUAUAAUUAUCAAUAUAUUUUAGGAAAAAAUAAGUUAAGUUAAAUCAAUAAAGAUUCCUCCUGGAGUUAUAGUCUAAGGAUUUGAUGAAGAAGUUUACAAAGGAAAAAAUGUUAAAUUUUCUUCAAGUUAAGAUUGUUUAGAAGAAAUCUAAUUUUCUUUCAUCCAAAAAAAAUUUGAAAUAAUCCAAGCUGAUGAUUCUGUCCUUGCUGCAAAUUUAAGACGUAUAAGAUUUGAUUGAUUUUAUAAUCAUAAG